CACUGAUGUUGUGCUAAUGUAGCUUAAUGCUCGUUAGCAAGAGGAAUAUAUAUAAUAUAUAAUUCUAUUUUCCAAACCAGAGGAUACAGGUGUUUUUUUUUUUUCUUCCUUAGUUUAGCAAUAACUUAGUGUGACUUCAACACCCUGGGCUGCUAGUCUCCACUUUUUAUUCAACAUAUUUUUUUAUUAUAUUUUUUAGCUAAACGUGCUGUUUGUCUAAUUACCACAAACGCUGAACAGACAGCGUGCCGCCUUCUUCAAAGCCAGUAUCUGCAUUAACGAAUGAUAAUGUGAUCUGUAAUUAGUAAAUAUGCUAUUUGCUCAUUUAUAACACCCAGCACCAGUUCCAUGCUUCCUCGCUGUGUGCCGCAUGUCCUCUUAUCUCACCAGCGGAAUGCAACGCAACAGCUGUGCAAGGGGAGCGGGGCGGGGAGGUGGGCCGGCUGAACCCCCCCUGGUAGACCCCCACGGCAGAAGCAGCGAGCAGCAACCCCCUCCUUCUCUCUCUCUCUCUCUCUCUCUCUCUCUUUCUCUCUCUCGUUCUCUCUCUCUCCCCCCCCGAAACGACAUUCCGGGCUCCUCAAAGGCAACUUAAAAGUGAAGCAGACGUACACUAGCGAGGGACUCGGAGGGGGAAGGAGUGGAGAGAGAGAGAGAGGGAGAGAGAGAGAGAGAGAGAGGGAAGGAGGGAGGUGGAAGGAGCGUCAGGGACAGGCAGAGGAGGAGGAGGAGGAGGAGGAGGAGAGCACAAAGAGAAGGAAAGUGGAGCAGGGGAGGGGAACCGGAGGCUGGCUGGCUGGCGAGGGAAAGACAAAAGAAGGAGAAAGGGAGCGCGUACGAGGCGGCGGGCUCCAGGCGAAGGGGGGACCGCACCAAAUGGCCACGGAGGAGACGGCGGGGGGAGCCAGGAAAGCCACCAAGAGCAAACUGUUUGAGUUCCUGGUCCAUGGAGUGCGUCCCGGCAUGCCGUCCGGGGCCAGGAUGCCCCACCAAGGCGCUCCCAUGGGCCCCCCCGGCCCACCCUACGGCGGCAACCCGGCGGUGCGUCCCGGCCUGCCCUCGCCGGUGAUGGAGGCCGGCCGCAAGAGGCCCGCCCCGUCCCAGCAGGUCCAACAGCAGCAGCAGCAGCAACAGCAGGCCGUCCAGAGCCGGGCCAGAAAGAAGCCGCUGGGAUUCCCGGGAGCCAGCGAGAUGGCGGCGAGGCCGAUGGACAUGAGAGAGCCCCAAUCAGAUCCCACGCUCGGAUCCAACGCAAAGAGGAGGAAAAUGGCAGACAAGAUUCUUCCGCAAAGGAUCCGCGAGCUGGUCCCCGAGUCCCAGGCCUACAUGGACCUGCUGGCCUUCGAGCGCAAGCUGGACCAGACCAUCAUGCGCAAGCGAGUGGACAUCCAGGAGGCGCUGAAGAGGCCCAUGAAGCAGCAGAAGCGUAAACUGAGGCUGUACAUCUCCAACACCUUCAACCCGGCGCGGCCCGACGCCGACGACUCGGACGGCAGCAUCGCGUCGUGGGAGCUGCGCGUGGAGGGGAAGCUGCUGGACGACCCCGGCAAGCAGAAGAAGAAGUUCUCCUCGUUUUUCAAGAGUCUGGUGAUCGAACUGGACAAAGACCUCUACGGACCCGACAACCACCUGGUAGAGUGGCACCGCACAGCCACCACGCAGGAGACCGACGGCUUCCAGGUGAAGCGUCCGGGAGACGUGAGCGUCCGCUGCACGCUGCUGCUGAUGCUGGACUACCAGCCCCCCCAGUUCAAGCUGGACCCCCGUUUGGCCCGCCUGCUGGGCAUCCACACGCAGACGCGCUCGUGCAUCAUCCAGGCGCUGUGGCAGUACGUCAAGACCAACAAGCUGCAGGACUCCCACGACAAAGAGUACAUCAACUGCGACAAGUACUUCCAGCAGAUCUUCGACUGCCCCCGGCUCAAGUUCUCCGAGAUCCCCCAGCGCCUCACCAACCUCCUGCUGCCCCCCGACCCCAUCGUCAUCAACCACGUCAUCAGCGUGGACCCCAACGACCAGAAGAAGACGGCGUGCUACGACAUCGACGUGGAGGUUGAGGACCCCCUGAAGAGCCAGAUGAGCAGCUUCCUGCUGUCCACCGCCAACCAGCAGGAAAUCGCCACGCUGGACAACAAGAUCCACGAGACCAUCGAGUCCAUCAACCAGCUGAAGAUCCAGAGGGACUUCAUGCUGAGUUUCUCGCGGGAUCCCAAAGGCUACAUCCAGGACUGGCUCAAGUCCCAGAGCAGAGACCUCAAGCUGAUGACGGACGUGGUGGGGAACCCCGAAGAGGAGCGGCGGGCGGCCUUCUACCACCAGCCCUGGUCCCAGGAGGCCGUCAGCCGCUACUUCUACUGUAAGAUCCAGCAGAGGAGACAGGAGCUGGAGCAGGCCUUGGCGGUCCGCAACACCUAAACAAAGACCCCCCCGGCACGUGUGUGUGUGUGUGUGUGUGCGUUCUUUGUGGUCGCAAGCGAAGCCCUCCGCCAAGGUCAGAAGAUUAGGUACACCAGCACUGAAUCACGCCGCGUCGCUAACAUUUCGUCCCGGAUGUCGUGUCGCUAAAGAACCAAAAUAUUAGGAACACAAUCUUAGUCGUGCGUCGUCUAUGUAAAAGAUACAUAAUGAAGUGAAACAACAUCACAAAAAAAAAAAAAAAUGCGGAAAUUCCCCCCCCCCCCUGGAAAAAAAAAAACGAACUGCAUCAAGUCGUUUUUCGCUAAAAGCGAAACGUCCUUGGCGGAGGUAAAAAGGACGCCGCCAGACCACAAGGCUGUUUUUGUCCGUUCUCUGACACGAGUUCAAACUCAUCACGGGGAAGAAAACGACAAGCGAGCUUUUGCCCGUGAGCGAGCGCACGAUACCCGCUCGCCCGGGUGUGCGCGUUACACGUUCAUCGCACCAGCAAAGUCGUCAUCGGUCGCAGCUACCGCGCGCGCGCGCACUUUUAUUUUAUUUCUUCCGGAAAUUAAUCAUCGCACUUCCAAAGUGUCACGUUUGGAGUAUUGUCGUCGCAAACGUGAAGCCACGCGGCGGGUGUUAUGCAAAUCGGUUUGAAGUGCAGAUUGCCCUUGAGCAAAAAUGAGCGAUUUUUCAUUGAUGAAACGCGAGCACGCUAACACUCGGGAUGCUAACAUGUAGCAAGAUGGCACCCUGAGUAAUUUGGGCGUGUGUGAUUUUUGAAUUUUCAAGAGAUGUGAAUGUAAAUAUGUUUGUGGGUCGUCGUCAUCGCGUCUGACUGUGUUGGUGGGGGGUCGCCACGUGCUGCAGACGCCCCCCCCCCUUUUUCCAUAAACUCACCUUUUUAUUUUUUUUUUUGCACUGUGGUGUAAAUUGUCCUCUUCCUCGUUUUUACCGUCACCGUGGCAACGCACACUUCUUCUUCACCUUUGCCUAUGCAUGCUCCGCGGAUCAAACACUAGCUGUACAUAUUUAGAUACAAUACUUGCAUACAGUAUGUACGGAUUGCUCGCUUGGUCAACACGUGUACCGAAUGGUACUUUCGGGCCGGGCCGAAAAGAGAAUUAUAGCAUGAGAGUAAAGUUCUGUUUUGUUUCUUUUUUUUUUUUUAAAGUUU